UAUAAAUAGAAGCUUUGACUUCAGAGCUUUCUGUGGAGAAGAAGCUCUAGGCGGCGGCGGCUUCCGCAAUGGCGAAGGCGAAGGUGGUGUUCGUGAUGGGCGCGACGGGCACCGGAAAGUCUCGCCUCGCCAUCGACCUCGCCCUCCACUUCGGCGGCGAAGUCGUCAACUCCGACAAGAUGCAAAUCUACGACGGCCUCCACGUCAUCACCAACAAGGUCACCGACGAGGAGCGUCAGGGAGUGCCCCACCACCUCCUCGGCGGCCUCCCUCCCGACGCUGACUUCACCGCCGCGGACUUCCGCACCGAGGCUACUCGCGCCGUGGAAUCCGUCGCCCGCCGCGACCGCCUCCCCAUCGUCGCCGGCGGAUCCAACUCCUUCAUCGAGGAGCUGGUCGAGGGCGCCGGCCGCGAGUUCCGCCGCCGGUUCGAGUGCUGCUUCCUGUGGGUGGACGUCCACCUGCAGGUGCUCCACCGGUUCGUGGCGGAGCGGGUGGACGGUAUGGUGGCGCGCGGGCUGGUCGACGAGGCGCGCGCGCUGUUCGACCCGGACGCCGUCGCUGACUACUCGCGCGGCGUCAGGCGAGCCAUCGGCCUGCCGGAGAUGGACCGGUUCCUCCGCGCCGAGGCGGAGGACGCCGGGGAGGCCGCCAAGGCCGAGCUGAUGAUGGCGGCCGUCGACGAGAUCAAAGCCAACACGUCCAAGCUCACCUGCUGCCAACUGCAGAAGAUAAACCGCGUGUGCGGCUCCUUCGGUUGGCACGUGCGGAAGGUCGACGCCACCGACGUGUUAGCGAAGAGCGGCGCGGAGGCGGACGCGGCCUGGGAGGAGCUCGUCGUCGGGCCGAGCGUCGACUUCGUGGCCGAAUUCUUGCAGCGGCGCCGGGAAUCGCCGGAUGCCGAGCAGACGCCAUUCGGCGUGGUCUUGUCUAAGUCAGCGAUGGUCAAGGAGUCACUAACGGUUCCAGUCGCCGUCGUGGGUGCCACAAUGUGAGGGGCAGAAUAAUCGGGUACGAAGCACUCUGGUACGCAUCGAAUAAUAACGUAGAAAGAGGAGCGGAAGAGUGAGUGGAGCUGAUCAGUUGAGUACGUGGGCGCGACGGCUACGCCGAGAAUCGUGGGUUCGGCAAUAUUCCAAGGCUGAGAAAUAAGGAAUAAUUAAUAUUUGGGAUUUGAUUGGAAUGAAUUCUGCACUCAAAUUACUGUGAAAUAAAGUGUUUGAUACGGCGUUGGGUUCUAUGAGGACCCCAGUUUGAUUUUUUA